GUUCACGGGAGAACAGGACCAAAUAGCAGUCGUUCCAUCGUCAUGGAUUGUAGGGUCCUCGUGCUUCUGGCCUCCUGAUAAGGAGGAGAGGAAGGUUGGAUUGUAUGUGCGAAAAAAGAAACAACCGCAAAUGCACUGGCAGUUCCUCGAAUGUCAAGAAAUGGAAUCGUACGAAACUUACGACGAAGCAAGACAUAUGCUGCCCAUUGCUACCAAGACGUCUGAUCUAAACGGUGAAGUGGAGUAUGGACGAGGAAAGAGGUUCAGAAUAAGGAAAGUGUUUUCAGAUGACGAUCAUGAUAGCUGCCCUCCUAUUACACCUCCGCGUCAGCGACAACCAAGAUCAGGUACCAUACGCUCCACUGGGAAUGCAGAGCAUGUGCCACAAAGGAAGCGGCAUAUCCUACAAAAUCUAUCUGAUAAUGAAUGUUCACCACCUCCUACGCCACCCUGCAAGAACAAGCGGGCAUACUCAAAGGAAAACCGACGUCCUUGCCCAAGUGCGACAUCCUGCCCCGACAUAGAAGCCGAUAGAAGGACUGGAGAUGGUAAGGCAUCAUCCAUACAAGCAAAUUCUCCACCAAAUCCAACCAUAGUCUUAUGA